GUCCACUUAGAAGCCGUAACUGACCUUUCCAAGGAUGCACUAAUUUUAACCAUGCGUCGCAUGAUAUCCAGACGCGGGAAACCAGCCCAGAUUUUCAGUGACAAUGGUCGAAACCUGGUUGCCGCAGCUAGGGAAAUUACAGAAUUUUUGAAAACAAAUCCCGUCAUAUCUGACUUCGCAGCUGACAACCAAAUUAAAUUUUCUUUUUUACCGGCGUACGCCCCUCACUUCGCAGGCUUAUGGGAAGCAGGUAUAAAAUCUGCCAAGCACCAUAUAAAGAGAUACAUAGGAAAUAACAAAUUAACAUUUGAAGAACUGAGUACACUCUUUGCGCAAGUGGAGGCUAUCUUAAAUAGUCGUCCCUUGUAUCCCAUGUCUUCCUCUCCUAACGAUAUGCUCCCUCUAUCCCCAGGGCACUUCUUGAUCGGCCGGCCGCUGACAAGUUUGCCGUCGCCGCAGAUCGAAGACAGCACCAGCACCAGCAGUCUUGACCGCUACGCGAGAAUCGAGAGCAUAAGGCAGCAGUUUUGGCGUCGGUGGCAAAGGGAAUAUAUCAGCGAGCUCCAGCAGCGCACCAAAUGGCGCACUAAUAAGGACAAACUACACGUCGGAGACCUCGUCAUUCUACAAGACGACAACCUCGCUCCACUUCACUGGCGUAUGGGCAGAGUGGUAGGAUUAUUUCCUGGCCCUGAUGGCAUUUCAAGAGUGGCGGAAAUAAAAACCACUAGAGGAGUCGUCAGAAGAGCUUUGACUCGGAUUUGCCCUCUUCUUUCGGAAACUUCAUCUUAAACACCCUCGGUGUUUCAGAAGGGGGAAUCAUGUCGGAGCGCUUUACAACCAUAGUGUAACGUCAAGUACGCAUAUAAUUAAUGUCAAUGUCAGUGAACUUUGCGUCAUCUGUCAAUGUAACUUGUCACACAAAAAUAUGCAAUAUCAUUCACUUCUUCAAAUACAACCUUCGCUGAG